UCAGCUGGAUGGGUUUUGAGCGUGAGGUUAGUUUGAAAACAAACUAUCUGUUGCAGAAGCUUUCUCAUCGAAUUUGUUUUUUUUUUCGUAUGAAUAUUUGUUUCAUUUUUCCAUCAUAGAAUGGACUUUCCGACCGAGAUAAUUGAAUACAUAUACUCCUUCUUAUCGUUCUCUGAUAAACUCCGAGCUACGGAAGUUUCUUUGCGAUGGAGAGCUAUAUUUGAGACGAUUAUUUUCAAAAAAUUACUAUUGAAUAUUAACCAAGAGAUUGUAACGUCAAAAAAUGAAAGCCUGUCUACCAUCAUACAGUGUAUUGCUAGAACCGAAAGAGCAUAUCAGCAUAUCACUAUUGCGAACGUGGACUUCAAGAAAUUAGAUCGAUCAACCGAGAUCCAAUUUAAUGUUUUCUUCACAAAUAUUGGAUUUUCUGUAAAGGAGUUGACAUUGAAAAAUUGUCAUUUCACAACUGAAAAGCUUUACCAAAUUGCAAGUACGGUGAAACAGAUUCAAACAAUAAAUUUCGACUGUUGCAAUGUUGAUUAUGAUGCAAAUUUGGUACCUGGAAUACGUCCAGUACUAGAUAACUUGAAGACAAUAGGUCUCCAUGAUACAAUGGAUGAAAACCAUGUGAUAGAUUUAUUAGGCAACUGUAACUCGCCCAAUAUAGAAUUGUCCAUUAACGAUAGUUACAUUGAAGACAAAAUGAAAAUUAUCACUGAAUAUGGAGAUAGAAUAAAAUAUUUAUCCUGCAAAGUUUAUCAUACCUUCACAAUUCAGACACUACUCAAUCGUUCGGAUUUGAAAUUACGCACGCUUCAACUGCAACGAAAACCACUUGGUGGAUUGUAUAUCCGCCCAUUAGAUGCACAAUUUAAGCAUCAGGACAACCUACGAGAAUUGCGCCUUGAUCCACCAAUUUCCAUUUCGAUGCUGGUAGAAAUUUCUAAGAGUCUGGUUUCUUUAGAAUUUCUCUCAGUAGAGGUUGACACUAUCGGAAGCAUGCUUAAGGAAAGCAUAACCUGGCUAAAUUUGAAGAUGUUACAUCUCUCGGUUCGAAUGGAAAUAAAUGAGAUAUUUGAGCAAAUGGAAUUUACAAAAUUAGAAGAACUAGAGUUACACACCGAAGAAAUGAUUGGCAUGUUACUGCAAAAUGUAUACAAAAAAUGUAGAAUGUUGAAAAGAAUUGGAUUAUCAGCGUUAUCAUUGGCGUAUUGCAAUAGAAUUUUGGGCUCAAUCAAUAUGCACCUGCCAAAACUCGAAGCGAUCGACAUUCAAUGUAGUUCUCGAACUACUUUCGUUCCGUUGUUCGAUUCGAUAAAAUCACUAGAACAGCUGACGUCAAUAACAAUAUGUUUCUGCAAUGCGAUAACUGACCAAACAAUUAUGCAUAUAAACAUACCGUUCCUUCGCUCGUUUAGCAUAACAGGGAAUAGAAAGAUAUCGCGAACAGGACUUCAGAGACUAUUCGACAACUGCCCUAGAAUAAAAACAUUAACGGUACGAGAUUGUACUCGCUUAAGUGAUGAGGCCGUAAAGAUUAUUUCAACGCAAGUUCAGCUUGAGUAUUUGGACAUUAAUGAAUCUCCGGAAAUAACGAUAAACAGCAUUCGCUACAUCAUGGAUAAUUUGAUACAUUUGAGAGAAUUGAAGAUCGAUAACUGCAAACGUAUCUUAACGCUAUGGCGCUCAGCCCCUCAAUUCAUUCAAAAUAUACACUCCCUGAGGAGAUACUACAACACGUAUCCGGAAUUCUUCUAUUAUCAUCUUUCCGAUGAACCAGUUGAUGAUAAAUUCACUGAUGAUAACAGAGAUUUCUACGAUUACGAGGAUCUCGCCUCGGAGGAAUCAGAAGACAGCUUAUUCGAAGAAUAUGUUCGCUAUAAAGAACAAAUAGAGCAAGAUGAUCCCAAUGAGGAACAAAUGGACAACAGGAAUAACGCAGAAAUCAUCGUUUUAAGUGACGAUGACUGAUCCUAUAAAUGUGUUCAUAUAUUAGAAAAAUCGAAAAUGAAUCUGAAAUACAAUACAAUAAAAACA